CUCUUCAAUUUGGAAUAACUUGGGAAUAUUGAACGAUUCACAAUGUCAUCAACUCGUCAAACCGUCCAGUUUCCUUCCUCCAUCCACCAAAUCGCCGCCCACAUCUACUAUCCUCCCUCCUCCGCACCUAACCGCAACAAUGCCGCCAUCGUGAUCAGCCAUCCCAUGACAGGAGUCAAAGAGCAAGCCUCCGCCACCUACGCCACCUACCUAAGCAACGCGGGUUUCAUAGCAUUGACUUUCGACGCGGCCUACCAAGGCGAAAGCACCGGCGAGCCUCGCGGCCUAGAAGACCCGCACCAACGCGUCGAGGACAUCAAGUCUGCAGUGACGUAUCUGUCCACCCUGACAGGGAUGGUGGAUAGUACCAAGAUCGGGGUGGUGGGGAUCUGCGCCUCGGGCGGGUAUGCAUCCUACGCGACGGCCAGCGAUAGUCGGAUUCGAGCGCUGGCGACGGUGUCGGGAGCUUGUGUGGGGCGGAUGACCCGGUGCGGAGGGGUGCAUGAGCAUCUGAGCGAGAAUGCGGAAGCCAUUGCCGGGGCGUUGAUGGCGGCGGCGGAGUGGAGGAAAAAGGGGGCCCAGGGACAGGGGCAGGCGCCAGAGGUGCCGCUUAUGUUUGAUGCGCAGAAUGUGCCGGAUGAUGCGGACCCGUUCUUUCGAGGGGCGGCGCAUUAUUAUGGCACGGAGAGGGGGAGGCAUGAACGGUCGACGCAGAGGGUGCCGCCGUCGAGUUAUGAUCUAAUGGUGGCGUAUGACUCGUUCAACUUCCAGCAUUUGAUUGCGCCGCGGCCGCUGCUGAUGAUUGCGGGCUCGGAAGCAGAGACGCUUCAUUACAGUCGCGAGGCGGUGCGGCUGGCCCGGGAGCCAAAGGAAUUGUUUGUCGUGCCAGGGAGUAACCAUUUUGAUCUGUAUGAUGGGUUAGAGGUGUCGGGCCCCAAGUUGGUGGAGUUCUUUGGGGGGUACCUGGCUUGAACAGGGCACAAUAAGGAUGAGAUGGCUUUAGAAGACAUACACACACACACACAGAGAGAGAGAGAGAGUGUGUG